AUGGUUUACGUUGCCAAAAAUGGUAGACCAGAUCUCUUUAUUACAAUGACCUGCAAUCCCAAUUGGUCUGAAAUAAAAUCCUGUUUAUCUCAAAAUUCGAAACCUCAAGAUCGAAAUGACAAUAUUGCACGUGUUUUUCAUUUGAAGGUCAAGAAACUGAUGGAUUUAAUUGUUAAAGAUAACAUUUUUGGCGAAACCAGUUGCUUUAUGUUCACAAUUGAGUGGUAAAAGAGAGGGUCAUCGCCCACAGUGUUAUGUUCUACUUUCAGUCCCACAUCCCUACAUACUCACAAUAACUUAGUUAUUUUUUGUUUAACUACCAAAAUAUCCAUUAGACAUCUAACUAUUAAUUUAUAUGGCAAAACAACGUUUGCCGGAUCAGCUAGUACAUAUAUAUUAAUUGUAUAUUAUAUAAUAUAUACCCACAUACAUUUUUCAUUUGAAACAACGUACAUAAUUUUAAGAAUACAUUUAAACUCCUUAUAAUGAAUACCUGUUAUCGUUAAAUUAUUUAUAAUUAUUUAUAUCAGUAAUUUAAUUAUAUUGAAAUUCAAUAUAUUAAUAUUUGUAUUCAUGUCAUAAGUUAGUAGGUACUAAUUAAAAAAGUACAUUCUUUAAUAGUUUAAAAUGCAUCACGUAUCUAGCUUUAUUUCCUAAGAUGUUGUCUACGUAAAAUUGCAGCUAAUGAUAAAAAAAAAAUAAAAACUAACAUCGGAUUGAAUUUUUGAUUUGAUCAUGUUUUGAAAAAUUUUUACAUCAUAUAAUGCCCGCCUAUAUUAAUUUAAUAUUGCCUUUUAAAAUCAACAUUGUGUGUAUAAUAAGGAUAAUUUUAAAAAAACUAUGCUAUGACUGACAUUAUUUAAAGGUAUAGAUUAUAUCAUUGAUUUCUAAGGCUAAUUUGUUAUUCAUUUUAUCAAUAUGAUUUGAAAAUAUUAAACGAAACAUUUUGAAUGGUAUACUGUAUUGUAGUUAAUAUUUUGGUUGUUGAGGUGAAAUGUAUUUAGUUGCGUUUCCUUACACAAAUUAUUGCUGUAUGAAUUACAAUUCAUAGUAUUUUGAAGGGUCAUAAAUUACCAAAGCUAAAACUCUAAUGACAUUAAUGAUUUAAUUUAAUUUCAUAUUUUAAAGUAUAACUCAAAAUAUUUUAUAUUGUUAUUAUAAUUUUAUUUUUAUAUUGUAGGUGCGAUUGUUUUUUGUGCAAAUUAAAUUGUGUUUGAUAUUUGAAGCACAUACAAUGAUUGUAUCCACAACUCAAAAGUCUGGCCGUAGAACAGAUAUAGAUAUUACUGAUCCUAAAUUUAAGCUACCAUUUGCUCAUGGUAAGUGUAUUUGUAUAUUAUUUUGUUAUUUUUACUUCUUACUUUUGGGGUUUUUGUCAAUAAACCAUCUUAUUAUACUUUCAUCCAAAUCUUCCUGUUAGCUACUUUUAAUUUUUAGUCUGGUUCAUUAUUAAUACUGAUGUUCUGUAAAGUGUUGACUUGUGCUGACUGUGAACUCCUGUUUAGUAGCAAAUUUAAAACCUGGUUAUGUAGUGCUGUACGGACAUAGAAAGAGUGGAUCUUUCGAGAUUUCGUUCUGCACUACAUCUGCCCAACUCAAAUACUGUUUACAUUUAUAAGUCAUUUUUUUUUAGGAUGGAAACGAGAAUUAGUCUACAGGACUUCAAAGUUAGAUGAUACUACUAGUAAUAAAACUAAGAGAAAGAGCGAUGUGUACUAUCAUUCACCUCAGAAUAAAAAGUUACGAUCGAUGAGAGAAAUCCAGGAAGAAUUGAAACUAUCAGGGACGUUAAUUUUAACCAUAGAAAAUUUCACAUUUUCUAAAUUACCAUUAGGCAUAAAUGAUUGUUCAAAAGAAUUAAUUAGAGAUGCAAAAUCUAAGUCAUCUAAAGUAAGACAUGUUAUUAAACAUUUUAUUGAAUGUUGUUUAAUUUGGGUUUCUAUAUCGUGUGUUUAGGAUGACAGUAGUUUCAAAUCAAAUAAAACCAAGAUGCCACUACAUCAAUUUUCGAAUGAUUUUUCAACAGUUUCUUCACCAAAACGUCCAAAACUGGAUAAUAUGGAAAAUUCUAUAAAUAUUAAACAACGGUAGUAUAUAAAUUUUAUUUAAUAAUUUUAUUGCUUAAACAGUUUUUUACUUGUUAGUUUCUAAAUUAGCUUCACAAAUUUAAUGCUAAAUUAGGGGGUUGUUAUCCUUAUGCUUCCUUCAUAAUCUUUCCUCAGUUAAACCAUAUCCGUGAAUGGAGUAAACUGGGUUAUCAACAUCAGAUGGGGAAGUUAUCAUGCAGGCUCCAUGCAAAAUUUUGUGUCUUACAAAAAAAUAGACGUGUCUAAACAUUCAUAUAUGACAAGUAUAUAAAACAUCAAAUUCUUCUAAUUUCUUUAUUGAAAGUUUCCAAAAGUGAAGAACAACACAAUGAGAUUAAUAAACAUAUUGAUGAAGAUGAUUCGUUUAUAAACGCAGUUACAUGCCAAGGGAAUGCCUGUAAAACUGUUAUGUUAGCUGGUAGUUUUCAUGAAUAAUAUGUGUAUGAAAUAAAACAGACACAAGGUCCUAGUUUGAUGACUUGUGUUGUUCAAAAACUUAAAAAUUUAGAUGGAUGAAUAAUUAUCAAAUGUUCCUUUUAUUUAGGAGGAAUAUAAUAUUGACCAAGCAUAAAGUAGCAUUGGUCAUUAGUUUUAUUUUUAUGAAUGAGAGUAAAUAAUUUUUUUUAAUACUUUAAUUCAAUUGGUUGUGCUUGUUUUCAGAUUUGAGCUUAAAAUUUACAUCCUUAAUUUCCGUCAACCCCUAUUUUUAUUUACUUAUUAUUUCAUUCAAGUACUAUGACCUUUUUUGUUUGCAUAUUUAAUGGUAGUAUACUUUAUAUGUGCCUGGUCGAGAACAUACAAAUAAAAAUAAGCUUUUUUCUAUUUAAAACCAAGAAACAAUUAUGAACUGAAUUAUUUGUAUUAAUUUAUUACAGAACAUCUCAAAUGAAAGUGCCAACAAUAACGCUAAAGGAAGCGUUAAGUGAAAUAUUUAAUGUUCCAAUUAGUGCUGUUUAUGAUGCUAGGCAUAAAUUACACCAACUUGAAAAAUUGAAAAAUGCCACUUCAAUAGAGUAAUUUUAAGCAUAUGAUAUUUUUAUACUUUACAAAAUAUAGAGCUAAUGAUUUAAUUUUAUUGUUUCUCAGAAAUCUACAUGUACCGAAAGAUGCAAAAAUUGUAAAUAAACUUGUGCCCCAUAACAUAGAAUGUAUAAGCAACAUGACCAAUCUAACAGAAUUACGAAUAAAAGAUCUAACUGGAAUUAAGCUAUUAUAUUCGCCAGAACUAACAUUUUCAUGUUUGACCAAACUAAAAACGUUGGUAAGUUAUCAUAGCUGUACUUAAAAAAUAACUUAAAUUAUUAUUCUAGUUUUAGAUGGAGAAGUUUAUGUUUUUACUUCUAUGAAUAUAAUUGCUUUCAAUUACAUUAAUCGUCCUUUAAAAAUAUAUAAAUGUACAAUAUUACUAUUUAAAUAAUUAUACUUGUAUACCAUUUAAUUAUUUCAAUGUAUGGUUAUAAUAUUUAUUAUGAUUUUACUUAUUUUUUUUUUCUAGUCAUUAACUUCCAUUACAUCCAUUAAAUCAUUCCCAGAAGAUUUCUGCACACGUUUAGAAACAAUUUCAACUGACCUGGAAGUUUUAGAAAUUGGAGACUGUACAUGUUUACCUGAUGAUUUCCCUAAGUUUUUGAAAAAAUUAACCAAUUUAAGAUCCUUAAGAUUAGAGAAUUGUUUUGAUAGAUGGGAGAAAUUUACAGAAGAAUAUUUUGAUGCUAUUUUAUCAAUAAAAAAAUUAAAGAACUUAGAACUAAUUAACAUUGAGUUCAAUGAUUGUGUGGCACAAGAAUUGGCAAAAUGCGAUGGUUUAACAGCUUUAUUGAUAAUUCCUGUCUAUGUACGGGAUGUAAGUAUUAUACUAUUGUUAAUUUCUUAUAAGCUAAUUAAAUCCUACUAAAAUGAUUUAUUCUUUUAGUGUUCAACAAUCAAUUGUCGCCUAAUUGAAUGUCUUGAAAAACUCUCCAAAACAUUAACACAUGUAAUUUGGGGCCUAACAUAUGAGUUACUUCGAGGAACUGAUGUAUUCAUUUUUCGGUAUCAACAAAAUCAGUAUAAUCUUAACUACAGUAUAGAUAUGCCAGAAACAAAAGAACCUUUUAAUAAUAUCCCGAUUUUAAAGUCAAUAAAAUUAAAACUACAACCACAAUCUGAAGACUUAGAAAUUCUUAAAAUUGAUAAAGACAAGUUAAAUAAUUCAUUUAUUACUCUGCAUCACCAAAAUCAGCAUAAUAUUGGCUACAGUAUAGAUAUGCCACAUACAAGAGAACCUAGAAACAAUAUACCAAUUUUAAGGUCAAGAAAAUUACAACUACGUGAUGAAGACUUUCUUGAAAUUGUUGAAGACCCAUCAAAUUAUUUAGACUUAAUAUCUGUACCAUGCUUACAAAGCUGGUUGGAUUCAAUGAUGGUAAACGCCAAGACUAAAGUAAUUAAGAUACCCUUUUCAUCAACUACUGGAGUGUAUUUAUCAGAACAGUUUGAUGAUCUUUAA